UGUAGUGUCGUCCUCUGCUGAUGACGUCACAAGCGUAACUCUGUUAAUGUUUAUGGUCUGCUGUACUGGACCACAUCAUAUAUCACAUUAUACCAUAUUUCGACUUGAACUAAGGAAGUGAAAGCACCUGUUGAUGGAGGACGUGCUCCAGUGAAAUGACAGACCAGGGCAAUAACAAUCAGAACAUCUCACAAAAUCCAUUUGCAGCUCUCUUCAGUUCCCUAGCUGAUGCUAAGCAGUUUGCAUCCGGCCAAAAGCAACAAGGUCAAGCUGAGCAGCAAUAUUCAGGGGAGAGCCAGUCCGAGUCAGACAAUUCGGUCUCUGACAGCAUCGAUGACAACGAUGACUCUGUGGCAAAGAUCAGCCGAUCUUUUCUCUCACAUCAGGAGCUCUGUGAGCAGCUCAAUGUCAACCACAUGAUCCAGAGGAUCUUUCUCAUCACACUGGACAACAGUGACCCCAGUCUAAGAGGUGGUAAUGGCAUCCCACCACGCUGUGUAUAUUUGGAGGAAAUGGCAGCGGAUCUUGAUGAUCAGGACUGGCUUGACAUGGACACCAUAGAGCAAGCUGUGUUCGCCAGACUGCUUCUGCAGGAACCUGGGAACCAUCUAAUUUACAUGACUUCCUGCAAUGUAGUGAACCUCUCUGCGGAUCGUGAUGCUGGGGAGAAACGUGCCGUACCUUACCUAUACGCCUGCUACCUGAGAGCUAAAGAGGAGGUCACAAAAGUCCCGGAGAAGCUGUUGUCGUAUGCUGUGCGAUGUAAAAACCUGACCGUGUCCAAUGCACGGACAGUGCUGCUGACUCCAGAGAUCUACAUCAGCCAGAAUGUAUAUGAGCAACUUCUGGAUCUGUUGUUGGAAGCUGUCAGAGGAGCUCGGCUUGAGGAAGUUGUGGAGUUUUUGGAGGAGGUCAUCGCUAGUCUGUUGGCUGACCAGGAGGUACGGACUUUUGGGGAGGUAAUGGUGCCAGUGUUUGAUAUUUUUCAAGGCCGAGUCAAAGACUUAGACCUCUGUCAGCUGCUGCUGUUUUCCUACCUGGAAAUUUUCCUGUACUUCAGUCGGCAAAAGGACAUCGCUAAGGUUUUAAUGGAGCACAUUCAGCCUAAAGAUCCUAACAAUGGACUUCAGUACCAGAAGACUCUUUUAGGCACCAUCUUAAGUAUUUCUUGCCUGCUUAAAACUCCUGGUGUGGUUGAAAACCAUGGUUUCUUUCUCAAUCCUUCUCGCUUGAGCCCACAGGAAAUGAGAGUUCAAGAGUCAAAUAUACACCAGUUCAUAGGACAAUUUCAUGAUAAGCUGUAUCAGAUCCUGAAAAACUUGCUUCAACAGUCCAGUGAGACACGUCACCUGCUGCUCUCGUGGUUGGGUGGUUGUCUGCACGCCAACAUGGGGCGGGCCAAAAUCUGGGCAAACCAGAUGCCCGAGAUAUUCUUCCAAAUGUAUGCUUCAGAUGCAUUUUUCCUAAAUCUGGGAGCUGCGCUGCUCAAGCUCUGCCAACCAUUUUGUAAACCGUACUCUCCCAAACUCUUGACCUUCAACCCCACGUACUGCAUGUUGAAGGAACUGAGUGAGGAAGAGCGGCGCAACAGAAACGUGCAUGCGAGAGGUUUGGACAAGGAGACCUGUCUGAUUCCUGUUCCCCCUCAACAAACAAUUGAAUUUGCGCAGUCGUACAGCCUUCUCACAGAGAACCUUAUCCUUACACAGCUUACAAUGUACUUGGGCUUCCAUAGACUACAUGAUCAGAUGGUGAAGAUGAAUCAGUCUCUGCAUCGGCUGCAGGGGACAUGGCGAGACACGCAGCUGAGCGGAGGACCGGCUGCAGAAUUGCAGGAACAGUUUGAACGACUUAUGACAGUCUAUCUCUCCACCAAGGCCGCUACCACGCAGACCACCAUGCUGCAACACUGCCUCAACCUCCAAGUCUCAUGCGCCACCCUGCUGGUUCAGCUCAGCUUAGGCAACCAAGGCUCGGAGCACAUUUCGCUCUCGUUUCCCCUGCCUCCACUUGAAAACAGUCUGCUGUGCUUUGUGCCAGAGUUUUUCGUCGAAAACAUGGGUGAUUUCUUCAUAUUCCUCCGCCGGUUUGCUGAUGAGGUUUUGGAGUCAUCGGCAGAAAGUUUAGAACACGUCCUGACCUUCAUCACUGUGUUCAUGGGCAGCGUUGAGAGAAUGAAGAAUCCUCAUUUGCGAGGAAAAUUGGCAGAGGUUCUCGAGGCUGUGAUGCCCCAUAUGGAGUCUGCGUCACCUGGCACUGCCCAACCCAUCAUGUUUCAGCGCCAAAGGGUGUUCAGCACAUAUCGACAUGCACCUCAACUUGCUGAAGCCCUGAUAACUGUGUUUGUGGACAUAGAGUUUACCGGUGAUCCUCAUCAGUUUGAGCAGAAGUUUAAUUACAGACGGCCAAUGUAUGCCAUUUUGAAGUACAUGUGGGGAGAAAUAAAUUAUAGGGAGAGCAUAAAGCAUCUGGCAGAUUAUGCAUCUGAAAACCUUGAGGCCAUGAAUCCACCACUCUUUCUAAGGUUUCUGAAUCUACUCAUGAAUGAUGCCAUCUACCUACUUGAUGAAGCUAUACAGUACUUAAGUAAAAUCAAAAUCCUCCAGCUGGAGAGGGAUCGGGGGGAGUGGGACAGUCUCGGACCUGACGCCCGCAGAGAAAAAGAAUCAAGUCUGCAGAUGUUUGGACAGCUGGGUCGCUUCCACAACAUCAUGUCAAAUGAGACCAUUGGCACCUUGGCUUUCCUCACAUCCGAGAUUAAAGGACUUUUUGUUCACCCGUUUCUUGCUGAGAGGAUCAUCUCCAUGCUCAACUACUUUUUGCAGCACCUGGUAGGCCCCAAGAUGGGCGCUUUAAAGGUGAAAGACUUUAGUGAAUUUGAUUUUAAGCCUCAGCAGUUGGUGUCUGACAUCUGUACCAUUUACCUAAACCUGGGGGAUGAAGAAAAUUUCUGUGCCACUGUCCCGAAAGAUGGGAGGUCGUAUUCUCCCACUCUGUUCUGUCAAACUGUCCGUGUCCUCAAGAAAAUCAACAAGCCUGGCGAUAUGAUUGUGUCUUUUAGUCUCCUAGCAGAUAAAAUUAAGUCUCUGGCAGACAAGCAUCAGCAAGAGGAGGAGACCUACUCCGAUGCUCCAGAUGAAUUUCUGGAUCCGAUCAUGUCUACCUUGAUGCUUGAUCCGGUUCUGUUGCCUUCUUCAAAUGUUACAGUGGACCGUUCAACAAUAGCACGGCAUUUACUAAGUGACCAGACAGACCCGUUCAACCGCAGUCCACUCACUAUGGAUCAGAUCAGACCUAAUGAAGAGCUUAAGCAACAGAUCAUAAAGUGGCUUGCUGAACAUAAGCAAGGAAACCAACAAAUGGGACCCAGUGGCUAAACCACAUUAUUCCCUUCCCCCAGCACAGGCAUGCUGUAUGACUAAGCCAUUCAGAUGAUUCUGACCUCUCUCAUACUGCUUUCAAAAACAGUACAUUUUAAGCACACGUGAAGGAACAUGUCUACAUUCGUGGUGUUAUCGUACUCCUCAAAGGUCAAAUGCAAAUCUCUGAAUGCCUUAUCAUUGUAGCAUAUUAGACUAUCUGCUUUGUGAAACUAUUUGGAGGAUCUUCUAACCUUUGGGUUUCAUGCAGGCAACUCAAAUCAAUGUUGUUCACAUCCCAAACUGAAAUGUACAGAUUGGGGGUUUAUAGAGAAGUAUAUUUGAUUUGCUUUCCGGGUCAAUGCAUUUGCCCUAACUCUAACUAAUAUUUGUGAAAUAUUUUAUAUGCAUUGCUUAUACAUAAACAAUUUCAAGUUCAUGUGUUUAUAUUUCCUCAUUUGAUUUUAAGAGAAAGGGCUGUGGCAGUAAAAAAUGUAUGAUAAAAAUAUUAAUCAGUUUUA